AUGGUACAAUCUGGCGCUGGAGAACACGUUCUCCUGACAGGUGCAAAUGGCUUCGUGGCAUCUCAUAUCCUAUCUAUUCUGAUUGAGAGAGGAUAUACGGUCCUUGCAACCGUGCGGUCGCAUGAAAAAGCUAAAGACAUCAUUUCCACUCACCCGUCAUGGAAGAAUCAUGUGGAAUUCGUGAUCGUAGCCGAUUUCACUUCCGACAGGCCUUUCGACGACAUUUUCCAAAAUUCUAGCAAACCGUUUGAUUACGUUAUACAUACAGCUUCUCCAGUGACGUUUCAAAUUUCUGAUAUUCAGAAAGAGAUGAUUGAGCCAGCUGAGAUGGGAACCACACAGAUAUUAAGAGCAGCGCAGCACUUUGGUGGUCCAUCUCUCAAACGUUUCGUGCUUCUCGGGAGUGCUGUCUCUGUACUCAACUCAUUCGAAGAUUUAUCUACAGAAGGAAAGCCCUAUACGGAGAAAGACUGGAAUCCCGUGACUGCUGAGCAAGCUAUCUCGCAGAACGACACUGUUCUCGGCUAUAACGUCUCCAAAAUUCGCGCGGAGGCAGCUGCAUGGAAAUUCAUGAGGGAAAGCAAGCCAACCUUUGACUUGACCGUUAUAAAUCCGGAUAUAAUCACCGGGCCAAUGAUUCACCCAAUACAUGGACCAAAGUCCAUCAACGAGACUAAUCAUUUCGCGAUCGCGAGCUUUAUUGAUGGAACUCACAAGCAGAUUGAUGGCGUUACAUUUCCGUUUUACCAUUUUGUUGACGUCCGUGAUGUUGCCCGUAGUCAUGUCGAUGCGCUAAAAAACCCGGCAGCGGCAAACCAACGCAUUCUUCUCAUAUCAGGGCUCAUAACACCACAGCUUGUAGUCAAUAUCAUUCGGCAAAACUUCCCCUCCCUCAAGGAUAGGGUUCCUGAAGGAAACCCAGGCCAGAUUUUGCCUUCGGGUGUCCACCCCACUGGGUGGGAUACACGCAUCAGCCUGGAUAUACUCGCUAAGGGAUCUCGCGAUGGAACUUGGGAAUACAUCGAUUUGAAGAAAAGUGUCAUUGAUGCAGUCAACUCGAUGCUGUCCACUGGUAUUCUGCGUUAA